AUGCCUUUGAACAUCAGCGCACUCGCUCCUGGGCCGGCGGGCACAACAAUGCUCGGAGAAAGAGGCGGCAUUGAGGCGGCUGCGCAACGAGGCCUUGAGCGUCAACAGCGCGAGAGAGAAGAGGCAGCCGCACGAGAAAGCAAAGUGCUGAACGAUGCAACGUCUGACUCUGGGACGACCCUCACUUCCGAAAAUGUGGAAAUGGACGAAGGCAAGCGAGACAACGAUCCGGUCAAUAUGAAGUCUGAUCUGGAGGGUGAGAAGAUCGAUCAGAACGCCUCAUCACAUAAAGAGAACACUCAUCAAGUCGACGAUGGAUCGUCGCAAAAGCAUAGUGAAGGGAAAUGGGAGAGGUUCAAGAAACAUUUCCAGUAG